UGUCAAGCAAAUUUGAUAAGAAUUCAUUUGUUUUAGAUUAUAAAUAAGGAAAACUUUGAUCUUAACUGUUUUGUAGUUGUUUGGUAAUAAUCGGUAUAGUUUCCGCAAAAGAUGAAGUUAAUUUUCAAAAUUUGCAUUUUAGUGCUCGCUGUUGCAGUCUAUAAGACCAAUGGAUUAUGUAACACUUGUUCUUUAAUUGGAAUAGCUUGUGUUUCUGAAACUGCGUUUUCAAUAUGUAAUGAUGGAGCUUUAGAUCCAACAGUAACACCGACUGAAUGUCCUACUGGAACUUUCUGUUCAGCAAGCGAUAAAGUUUGUACCGCAAGCUUAACUGAAGCAUCGUGUACAAAAUGUAAAGAAUGUAUUGAAGGCAGUGAAUAUGCAUGCGUUAACUAUACUUCAUUCACAUUUUGUACUGCAGGAGUAAUGGGUGUUGAACAUUAUAAUUGUCCAGCUAAUUUAGCUUGUAAUAUUGCUUCGACACCAAUAUGUAGUGAUCCAAGUGCCACAGGACUUGGUGCUACAUGUGGUCGCGGAGGACCAACAACAGCAGCACCCCCAACGACAACUCCAAAUCCAUUAACAGAUCCAGAUACAUAUUGUUUAAAUAAAGGAGUCGCAGGACGAUUUAAUAUUACAUCUGAUACAACUUGUCGAUUAUUUGUAAGUUGUGUUACUGUAGGUGCUGUAUUGACAGGAAAUGUAUAUGAGUGUCCACCAGCAACUAUUUUCAAUGCAACUGCUCAGAGGUGUGCAACAGGAACAGGUUGCGCCACUUCAUAACUGAAUAACUCAUAAUAACUGAAUAACUCUUUUAUAAAUCUUUUUGAGUUUGUGAAUAAAAAAAAAAGUCAUCAUUCUAAAAA